UAUUUUAUUUGGGGAAAAUAUCAUAUUUUAUAAUCUGAAACUAAUAACAGGACUGUUUCAUGUCAUCGUGCAGAAUACUGUUGCAUUAUUGUAGGGAUCCCUUUCUUUAUGCAAGUCUAUUACCAUAACUUAUAUAUUUCAUAUUAAUAUCAAUAUACUAUAUUUAAAAAUUAUUUAGACGUUAGAAUAAAAUUCCCAUUCUUGCCUUUGAUGUGUUUGUGUCAACAACUGGCUUGGUAUGGGUGGGGGACUAUAGAACAGUUUUUAUUAAUAAUAUUGCAGUAAUACAUAAAGUGUAUUUCAUACAAUUUGCAUGCUCUAAAUACAUUUUGUCAUAAGUUUUUUUACUUGCAUAAAGAAAUUUGCUUUUAGCUUGACACUGACUCUGCGUUUCACAUACAUGCAGAUUCUUCUCAAAGGGAUAAAGGUACGCCUUUAGAAGAAAAAUUCCUCUUCACCAAAGAAAUGGCCUCUGAGUUUUGUCAUUAAAAUCAUGUUUAAAGGGAAUCAAAUAGCAGAAAUCAAUAAACCUAUAACCUUUAAGCACUGGUGUGGAGCAAAUUGUUAUUUAACUUAACUAGUUGAAGCAAAUCAUCCAUUAUUUUAAAGAUUCUGGAUGUUAAAGGGUGGACGUUUGCACUGCAGUGAAGUAUUUGAAGCAGUUUAAUGAAAGAUUUUGUUUAGGCUCUCAUAGACCCCACGGCCCCAGACUCAGCUCAACCACAAACCGGUGUAUUUUAGAAGCAAUGAGCGAAAAUCUUCCAAACUGGCUUUUCAGCACCUAUAGGUUGCUGUCACUCAUCAUCCUGAUAAAAAGUGAUAUCACUUCUUAUGCUACAGCCACAUUUUCUUUUUCGAUUCAAGUCAUUUUUACUCACAGUAACACAAAUCUUAGUCAGGGGAUGCAAAACCUUCACACAAGUCUCGUCUACACGCCUGUUGCUAAAUGUCUCAUGUGUCAUGCUUCAGUCCUUUGUCUAAUCUGGGCUGAUGACCUGCCCCGAUAGGACAGAUUAUAUAAACAAUGUUCAAUCCAUCCCUUUGUGAACAAGAGCGCAUGCGUGGGACUGAAUGCAUCGAACAUCAGCACUACAGGAGCGUUUUUACAUCAAACAUUCACCUUUUGUUAAUCUGCUCCAGAAUAUGACCACAUUUUUCUUAGAAAAUCUCUGAAACACUCAAGCUUAUUCCCUCAGAUCUUGCGCUUCGAUGACAAUUCAGCAUUCGUGUAAGAAACCACCACACUAAUAAUAGUUUUGAAUGAAACUCCUUAAAUAAAUCAGAUCACCUCAUCUGUGUGAGGCAUUUCCAGAACUCCUGUCGAUUCUGCAGCGUGAUCGGAGUUUAUAACCUGAUAAUAGCUUUAGCGUGUUGCCUUUGGGUAUUUCUAUCCUUUCUUUAAAUAGACCUGAUAGGAUUAGACGUCUUGUGUAAAGAGCCUACCUUCUGGCGAGGGCAUCUAGUGUAAACUCGCCCAGUACGCUGAACUUAUUAUCCAUGAAUUGGUCCUGUGGUAUUUUAGGGUCGUGGUUUUUUCUUGCUAUUUUUAUUAGAACGGGCAGAGGUGGAGGAGAGGUUGGCGUUUUUAAGCAACUGGAGAAAUAGAACAAUGAGUUGGAAGUCCAUUCAUUAUUGUGACCCACAUCAGGUGGUGGCGUAUUGCAGCAAGCAGAGAUAGGACUCUGCUUUUCCUUCUCUGUGUUCCUGUGGAUUUUUGAUGUCCAGACGUUUAAUUCAGAGUAGACCUCGGGCAGAGACCAGCUAUGGGAGUGCCUAAUUCCAGGGAAUGCAACUACUAUCAGGCUCCAAACACACCUUUUAAGAUCUUGCUGAAAACACGCAAUGAACCUCUCAAGAAGGAGCGUCCCAAAUGGAAAAGCGAGUACCCGAUGACCGAGGGCCAGCUGAGAAGUAAAAGGGACGAGUUUUGGGAUACAGCCCCAGCCUUUGAUGGACGGAAAGAGAUCUGGGAUGCGCUCAGAGCUGCAGCCUUAGCUAUGGAGUGCAACGACCUGGAGCUGGCUCAGGCUAUAGUGGACGGAGCCUGCAUCACUCUUCCACACGGCUCCCUCACAGAGAGUUAUGACGAGCUGGGCAACCGCUAUCAGCUCCCCGCGUACACUCUAGCACCACCUGUCAACCUCAUUACUGAAACAUGUAGCGAGAACAAAUCCUCUGAAUCCUCCCAAAAACAAGCCCAGGUUGCACCCUGCAGAGAGGAGUUUCAGCUGAGGGUGCGAUUAUCAACAGGGAAAGACGUGCGUCUGACAGCCAGUCUGGCAGACUCGAUCACUGAGCUAAAGAAACUGUUGGAAGAAAAGGAGGACAUCGAUGUGACCCGACAGCGGUGGUUCUUCUCGGGGAAACUUCUGACGGACAAGACCCGUCUCCAAGAUGCCAAGAUCCAGAAGGACUUUGUUGUCCAGGUGAUCGUCAACAUAAACCCCUCAGUCAUCACCAACUGAGGGGGUGACGAUGGGGAUUUGUAGUGAAAAAAAGAUAAAGGAUGUGCCAGAGAAGGCUGGAGUUGGACCAGAAGCCAGUGUUACAGCGGUGGAAUUCUGUGUACAGUUUAUACAAGAAAUUAUUGCUUUUAUAUUGAUCCUUUUUUCUAUUUUUCCCUUUAUUUAUUUAUUUAUUUAUUUCCAAAUUGAAAAAAAAAUAAUAAUAAAACAUUAACGAACAGCACUGAAACACUUUAGAAUAAAGAUAGAGCCUGAAGAUUCACUUCUCAGUGUUUGGUUCUGAAGACCUGAACUUAAAGCUCUAUUGUUUACAUGGAUUCCUCGCCUCUUGUCCGUUUGUACUUGUGCUUGUGGAAGAAUUAAUCAGAGCUCACCUGGGGGUCCAAAGUAAGAAAAAGCCACUCCCUCUUUCAACCUCCUACUUUCUUUUAAACAAUCAGAAGUAUCACUUCUUGUGUCCAUUACUAUCAAAUUAGGUGUGUGGUUGUGUGUGAACAGUACAUUUUCAUCUCACAGCUAGAUUAUUGUUAUAGACUCCAAAUGUUGUGAAAGAACCUUUUUUAAGGUAGAAAGAUGAUCAGUUUUGUUUUCAUUUCAUUAUAGUUUAUAGUUUCGUGUACACAAUUCAUUAACUUAUCAAUAAACAUGAUUAAUUUAAAACCA